GCGCUUGACUAAGGCCUCGCAAAACCACAGAAGAAGAGCCGAUCUCAAAAGAGGCGAAGAAGAAACAGUGGCGUUAGCAAUGGCGGUGAUUUGGCUGCGAAAAAUAAACAAUUCAGCUUGCAAUUUGAUGCUGUCGUAAUUGUCGACAUUAGUCCAAUGAUAUAGCCAGUCUUUUAAGGUCUAUUUGUCGGACGAAGGAAAUAUAUUUCUCUCUGUUUGUGUCAUUUGAAGCAGUCACAGCAGUGUUAUUGGUGCAGUGAAGCAGGAUCUGAACGAGCAGCCAUCAUCUCAUUGUUGAGAAACGUUACUGUAUUAUUUUCUUCGUACCCUGGCGUCGUUUCCUGACCAUUAACGAUGCCGCUGGGCUUGAAACCCAGCUGUGCUGUCUGCAAGACGAACUCUUCGUCGAUGUGGAAGAAAGGAAACCAGGGAGAGAUCCUCUGCAACAACUGCACAGGAAAGAGCAGCAGCGGCGGAGCGUCAGGACCCUCCAUGUCCUCCAACACUCAGCCCAGCAAUGGCGGGGGCAAGCAGUCCAAGCAGGAAAUCCACAGAAGGUCUGCACGGCUGAGAAGCACCAAGUACAAAGCUCCUGCAUCUGAGAAGAAGGUGUCAACAAAAGGAAAGGGGAGAAGACACAUAUUCAAACUCAAAAAUCCAAUCAAAGCACCAGAAUCUGUAGCAACAAUCAUCACGUCUGAAUCAGUAUUUUAUAAGGGAGUAUACUACCAAACAGGAGAUGUGAUCAAGGUAACAGACGAGGAAGACGGGAAGCCGUACUAUGCUCAGAUUCGAGGCUUCGUGCAGGACCAGUACUGUGAAAAGAGCGCUGCACUGACCUGGUUAAUCCCCACACAGGCUAGCCCAAAGGACCAGUUUGAACCUGGGACAUACAUUGUUGGUCCAGAAGAGGAUCUGCCCAGAAAGAUGGAGUACCUGGACUUUGUUUGUCACGCACCCUCUGAAUAUUUCAAGUCACGGAGCUCUCCGUUCCCCACCAUCCCCAUUCGACCAGAAAAAGGCUACAUCUGGACCCACAUAGGACCCACACCAGCCCUCACUGUCAAAGAGUCCUGUCAGUGGCAGCAGUUAACACAACUGUGAUAUGGACUUAGUCUGUUGCUUUUAAACAGACGUAUGUACAUUUAUGUAAUAUAAUGAAUACUUCAGAUUGAAGGCGAGUUGUAAGUUGAUACAAAGGAAACCAGGUGUUACUACAUUACAAGAAAGUGUUUAUAUAUUACUCUUGAAUUUAGUUAUAAACAAAAAAGCUCUUUUCCACCAUCCAUUUUUGUCCGUGAUUGUUUAAGAAAAUGGUAUUUCUUCAUUUAUUGAAUUGCUGUGUGGGAUAUAGACUAACAUUUUUACAGUGUUAUCCUCCUUUUAUUUUCCCUUUUUGUUUUUAUUAAGCUGUAAAUAGCUUUUUUUAUGGCAGCAAUAAGAUCAUGUUUACAGCUCUGUUGUAUCAGGAUGCUCUACAGUGGAGUCUGUUUCCGUCAAAGACUGAAAUGAUGAUUGUUCUGCGAUGUGGGAAACACAAAACACUUUCAUCACCUCAUCAAAAUCAUACAGAUUAUGAAUAAGAUUUAAUUGAAAGAAGUCAUGCACACCCAUACCCAUACAUUACAGUCUUAUAAAGGGAUACAUGCUGCAA